AGUUUGCUACUGCGCCUUGAACAGCGAUAUUCACGCUCCCGCACUCGACGUGAAUGUCGAAUAAACGCCAGACUAGACGGCUAAAAAGAACUUUAAUGUGUAAAUGUAUGAUCAAAUGUGUUCCAUUUAGCCAGACGAGACCUUAAGUUUGAUUAAACAUGUGGAGAAAAUCAGUAAGCAGAAGAUAUAUUUGUUUAAUGGGCAGGAGUGUGGGGUUGGAGGAAUUUUGGGGCUCCUGUGCAGGGCGUCCAUGCAGUUCCCAGGCCUCGCCCUCAGGCAGGAUAAAUGCACGACAAGCAGCGGAUAUUUGGAGGAAAUGCUUUGAGGCUAAUGGUGUGACUGAACCUGACCUCUCCUGCCAGUACAUCAUCGCCCAUGUGCUCGGGGCUAAAACCAUUGAAGGUGUCAAGCGGGAGAGGUUGUCUGCAUUUCUCACCGAAGAAGAAACACAGCGAAUUUGGAAGCUCUGCGAAAAACGCCUCUCCAGGAUGCCUGUGCAAUAUGUGAUCGAGGAGUGGGAUUUCAGAGAUGUGACGCUGAAGAUGAGGCCUCCAGUAUUCAUCCCAAGACCUGAAACGGAGGAGUUAGUAGAAUUGGUCCUGACUGAUCUGCAGAGGAAGCCCGGCUCACCUACUUGUUUGGAAGUGGGAUGCGGCUCUGGUGCCAUUUCUCUCAGCCUGCUGAAGAAUCUGCCUCAGCUCAGAGCCAUUGCGCUGGACCAAAGUGGACAGGCUGUGGAAUUGACAAGGGAAAAUGCAUUAAGGUUAGGACUUCAAGACAGAUUAAAGGUUUUUCACGUAGAUGUCACAAAAGAUGCAGAGACUGUGUUGAAGCUGUGCAGCAAUGUCUCUGCCUUGGUCAGUAACCCUCCAUAUCUCUUCUCAGAAGAUUUGUCUUCACUGGAACCGGAAAUUUUGAGGUUUGAGGACCACGCCGCCUUAGACGGCGGCAAUGAUGGCAUGAAGGUUAUCCACAAGAUUUUAACCCUGGCUCCACAGAUUCUGUCGGAUGACGGCUGUGUUUACUUGGAGGUGGACCCCAGACACCCACAGCUCAUUCUGCAGUGGAUGGAGGCCAACGUGGAGUGGCUACGUUUGGCCGAGACGCGUCACGACAUCAGCAGCAGGCCUAGAUUUUGCAUCCUUCGGAAAGACAAGUCAAACGACCACAAGCUGCACCUGGGUUGAGAGAGCGAGAUCCUAUUAUGCUGGCUUUAGCCCAGGUCGCCAUAGCCCCUGCUGCCCAGCUCCCCCCCACCCCCCCUCCACUCCUGAGCCGUCAAACAUGCACCAGCUUUAACUGCACAGAAUUUCCUCAUAUUAUUUGCAGCAGGAAUCAUAUAAAUCGACCCUGCUGCGCUUUUUAAUCUGUUUGCGUCCCGUGCCACAGUAACACAAAAAAAUGUGUGUGCGAUGGCACAAAAGAGGCUCAAAGCUGAAGGUAAUUACCAAGGCUUUUCUUAGAAGCCUCCCUCUCAGAAUUGUACCCUCCUCCCUGGAAGCAUUUUGUAGUUCUGUGAAUUGCCUGAUGAACGGUCCUCCCCUUUGCCCGUCCACUCGCUGACUCAGAUGCAGGCGUGCGCGCGCACACACACACACACACACACAAUGUGGCCUUUACAGUUUCAUGCAAUCUCCCACAAACUCGAAGAUCAAAGGCCGCAAGGUCUCGUUUAAUUCCAGAGACGAUCAAAAGGUUCAAUUAAUUCCCGUACUCUGAUAAGGCCAAAACAAUCCUCGUUUAGAGCAACACCAAAAUUGUCAUCAUCUGCAUAUGACUGAAUACAUAACUGAGAUUCAAACGGGAAAGGUUUGAAAUUCAACAACAUUUCGUGGCAAUCAGUCGAGUAGUUUUAGUGUAAUCCAUUUUAACACAAAAAACCUCCUCGGGAUAGGUAACAAAUGCCAAAGCAGCCCUUGCCACCAUGUGUGAAUAUAUGAAGUAUUUCCUUUUUAAAGAUUAAAGCUUUAAUACAGGACAGAGGAACCUGACAUUUAUAUUUAUAUAUACACAACCAUUCAAAGGUUGGGGGUCAACCAGAGAAUUUCAUGUUUUCAAUGAAAACACAUUGUAUAUUGUACAUUGUAUGUAUAUACAGCAUACACUACCGUUUAAAAGUUUGGGGGUCACAUAGAAAUGUCCUUAUUUUUUUAAAGCACAAUUAAAAAAUUUUUUUUUUUUUUUAUCACAUAUCACAUUUUAACAUUAUCUUCAUUGGAAAAACAACAGUGCUUCUUUCUAAUUUCCAAGUGACCCCAAACCUUUGGAAUGCUAGUGUGACAUUUGUGCUCAUAUGUUGACAUACCCUGCCAGUUUGUAUCAUUCUUUAUAAAGAAAACAUGAAUGAUGAGGAAAAACAUUUGAAACCAAAUUCAAAUAAAACUAUAAGGCAUUGCAGAAUAUCACAAUCACUAAACCAAUGAUAGCAAUAAAGACAAUAAUCGGAUGGUCCCCAUUCAGUCAUCAGUCAUAUUUCCCCCACAAUUUUGAAUUUUUCACAAAUUCUGCUAGGGUAUGUAAACUUAUGAGCACAACUGUAUCUACUUACACUAUCUCUAUAUAGACUGGUGCUUUUCUUUCAAAAAUAAGGACAUUCCUAAGUCAUCCCAAACUUUUGAACAGCAGUGUGUAUACAGUAAUAUGGUAUUCUCAAGACAAAAACCUAAUGGGAACUGUUGCAAGUAGCCCCAAAACAUUGAACCCACAAAUCAUAUAUGUAUACAGCUGUAGAACAAAUUAAGAGACCCCUGCAAAAUUAACAUUGUAUGCCAACAAACGCCAGACCAGCAUAUCUUCACUAAGAUGCAAAGAAACAAAAGUGUUGACUGUAUGUCAUUUUCUGUAAAUCUACAUCAGCAGUUCUCAAUUUUUUAGACCAAGUACCACCUAAAAAAAAAAAACACUUGGUUCUCCAAGUACCCCAUCAUGACAUUAAAAUACCUUAGGAUAGUAGGCCCUGCUGUUCCUCAAAAAUGCGAAAAUUUUUAAAAUAUUAAAAUUUUUUAAUAUUAACGCUUUGAACAUUAAAACUACACUUAAAUAUAGGAAGAAGAAAAAAAUGUAAUAAAGGAAGAAAAAAAACUUCACUUGAAUAAUUAUUUUAUUAAAAUGUAUUGCAGUUUAAUAAAAAUCGUAUCUGAAAAACAGGUAUAAAAAAAAAAAACGUUCUCUAAAAUUCAUUGCUAAUGUACUAAAAAGUUAAAUACAAUGGAACUAGAGGGAGCCCACGUACCACGAGUGGUACUAUUGCCAUACUUUUAGAAUAGAUUGUGAUGCAAGUACAGCAAGCAUCACUGGGCCUAAAGUCCAUCCUUGAUUUUGAAGUAAUCUUAUUUUCCUUUUGUUUAAUCUUGCACCGGUCUCUUUUUUCCCCGCGCCGUACGUACUUUGUGUGUGUGUGUGCACGUAUAUAUAAAUAUAUAUAAAAGUAUUUAUUUUUC